AUGUCCGCGAAUCCACCAGAUCGGUCGUCCUAUCACUAUACCGAAAACCGUGGAUCCGCAAACGAAAAUAUCGUACCCUCUGAACUCGAAUCCGUUAAUAUCCGACUUACUGAAUUGAAAGACCGCGUGCUUCCUGCUUCGCCAUACCUCCUCACUGUUCCAACAGACAUCCCAUUCCGCCUUGGGAGUCGGUUUGUCAACAAUUGGGCAGUGGGGAAGAAGGGUCCAUUUGCAGCAGACGAACAACAGCUUCAAUACAUGACUUUUUUGAUGCAUCACGACACGGAUUCUUUACUCGUUGCUGUUGGAGACUGGUCCGAUCCUGACGGAGAUAACAUGGCAAAGAAUGGUGAUAAGCCUCCAACCACUUCUAGCGCAUCUAAUACACCUAAAAAUGGCGUAACCAAAAAGAAAAUCAGCUUGAGCGACUAUAAAACACGAGCCGAGGGUGAAUCGGUCAAGAAGCCGUCAAGUGGCACUCCGAAAAUAUCUAAGGAUGAUGCGAAACAAGGCCGCUCUAGAGCCCCUCCUGUAGGCACAGCAAAGGACUUCAAAGCUCCUGAUUCUCUUGCAGACAACUCAAGACAAGAUAAUCGUUCUAAACGUUCAUCUGGGAGAUCACUUGAGCGUGAAGAAGAUGCACCAGCUCCAAAACGUAUGCGAGUGUCUCAGAGCCAUGAAGAUGUGUCUUUUAAAGCACAAGGCAGCGGCAAAAAAAUACCUGCUCUACUUUCUCCCACCCUUCCACCCACAUCGUCUAGCCCACGACUUCCCGCACUCCUGUCUCCGACCUUACCUCCUCUAUUGGAGGAAGAGCUGGCCCGAAUAGAGGACGAUGCACCAGUAUCCAAACGCCCAGAUCAUAAAAGGGACCUUUCAAAUGUUUCUAAUACAUCCAGGGAUGGGGUUCAGAGCAAGCCGCCUCUAGAUUCUAAGCCGAUAUCUACCAAACCCCUUCAUAAGGAAUCCCAGAGUAAAAACUCGAAUAUAAGUUCUUCUAGAACUAACUCGACGCACCGAGAUACAGACGUCGACGCAACUUCUCUACAUAGUGAGAAAUCACCAUCGAAAAUAGUGAAACUGAAACGGAGUGACUUCGGCACCGCAGAAACUACGAAGCCUAAGAAACUCAUCGUCAGACUUAGAUACGGACGGGGCAACAGAAGACGGGUUGAAGCGUUGCUCAAGUUUGAGGGGAAACGUAAACCCACAGACUACCUACCUUUGAAACCCCCCAGGGAGUCUCAUUCUGGAGAUGAUGCAGAACUACGAAGGCCUGAUAAUAAGCAACGAGAAAAGGGCCAAAGGCGCCAGUACGAUGAGGAACCAAGUCAAGGCCAUACAGAAAAUGUGUCCAGCACUUCUAAAGUCUCAGCUUUAGAGAGAACUAACGUUCCUAGCACUACCUCUGUCAAAUCAUCAUCACAUCAACAAUCAUCGGCUUCCAAAACAAUAUAUUCAACACCUAUAAAAGACAGCCGUAACAACCAUCAACGCCGUGCAGACUCUGGGGAGGCUGAAGUACAAACUCCUCUCGGCUCAUCUGCCAAAGCCCCUAAUAGCAACGCAGAAAAGAUUGUCAGGACGCCUUCGGCCCACGGAGAUUCUCAGACGAACCUACGAGACGACGACCGACGAUCUUGGCGAGAGGAAUUCCAGAAACAUGCUGGUAUGGGCCGAGAGCUAAAACAUAUCGCUGACCGUUAUUCACGAAGCAGGGCAACUAGCGAUGGGAUAACUGCCCCAGAUGGGAAACUAGCUGCAGCAUCUGCCAUUGAAGCAAUACUUUGUUUCAUUGUUGCAUUUAUUGCAGACGAUCGUUAUAAGGUUUUAACCCGGCAAGUUGGUGGCUCUGAAAAUUGGCGAUCUAUCAUUGCCUAUUGGCGUGUGGUUAGAAAGACUACCAAUGUGUAUCCACAUCUUCGUGGUCUUUGUCUUCUUCUUGGUGCUGUAUCUCACGAUACUAUCCACUCAUUGGACCUGGAACGACUUGCUGUCUGUGCUAUCCCUGGUGAACACAGCCCGGUGCCUACCCCUGGAAGUGACGAGAAUACUUUUGCUUCAGACAAGAACAGGACUCAUAAGAAAGAGUUCUUUGAACUCAAACAUCGGCUUCCGGAAAAUUUCAAGGAAGCUAAUCGGCUCUGGCUAGAAGGGAGUCAGGAGCUUUCAGACGAUAUCCUUGCGAAUACGUUUCCUGAAACAUGGGAAAAGCGGUCCCGAAAUUAUUCAGAACGUGGACAGAAUAAUUUCAAACCGGGAAAUUAUGCCGGUGAUUUUUUCCUCCCCUUCGGACGAACAAUUACACCUAUGGAAACUGUGCGGUUCGGUGUGACUCUUCUAGACGAAUGGUGUAGGAAAGAAGGGCUGAAAUUCGAAGCUCGCUUGAAGUUGUAA